AUGAAGUUGCUGAACGCUUUCAUACUCGCUACCGUUGCCUCCGCUGCCACUGUCUUGCCCUCCGCCAUCGCAGCUAAUGGCAAGCUUCAAGCCAUUGAGAAAACCCUGGACGAUGCGAACUCUACGGUGACAGCCAUAACUACGGAAAUCCAGAACUUUGCUGGCAACCUGGACCUUCUUAUAAAGAGCUAUCAUGAGCUCGACCUGUCACUACGCCGUGGUAUGAGGGCUAUUACUAACCUGGCGGGGACUCUUUCGAGCAAGGAGUCCGUACCUGUUGUGGCGCUGAUUCUACCAUUCCAAAAUAUACCCGCCUCCCUCCAGGCUGUACUACGGACAAAGGUGGAUGUCAUUGCGGAGGCUCGUGCUUGCUACGUCUUCGACAAAAUCAUCUGCCAGAUGCAAGACCACUUUGUUGGCGUCGUCUUCAACAUGAAGCUUUUCUCGACAGGCUACACUCCUGACGAGAUCAACACACUCCACACCCUAGGCGUCUACGAUACCAACGGCAAGGACAUCCUCUCAUCGCAGCGGAAUCGGUUUCAAACGGCCAUGGAAGAGAUCACGGUCGAAUUCUGGACCAGCUGCACAAACUAUGCUGCUCUGUAA